AGAAGCAGCCAGAGGGCUUUCCGGAGUUGCUCUUUGCGCCGUGCGUCGCGAUGAAGGACCAAAACUGCACCGAAGAAGUCGCCAAGAUCCUCCAAGAGGCUCCCACCGAUCGGCGAGCCCUUCUGGACAACUACAACAACCUGCACAAUGUGGCCAAGUACUGCGAGGACAACUACCUUAAGGCUGGCGCUGAUGCCACUAAAGCUCUCGAGGAAACCAAGGCCUUCACCGCUCAGUCUCUGGCUAGCGUGGCCUAUCAGAUCAGCGCGCUAGCUUCCAAUGUGCUCAAACUGCUGGAUGCCCAGAGCUCGCAGCUCCGCCAGAUCGAGUCCUCUGUCAACAUGAUUGGACUGACGGUGGACAUGCACAGGGAGAAAGUGGCCCGCCGAGAGAUUGGCGUUUUUACCGCAGCAAAGAGAUACACGAGGAGCAACAAAAUCAUCCCACCAGCAGGGGGAAAAGAGCCCAAACCCAAAUACAGCCGCACACCCAUCUCGUACACUGCACUGGACUCGCUCGGCCAUGGCAUGAAGGACUCCAAGAACCCACAGGAAAGAACGGCCACCAUGAAGCGCAAGCAGAGCGGCACGCUGGGUAGGAACAGUCGGCCUGCAGAGCCUGUACAGUGUCCAGUGGCGCCUACUUUGUCCCGGGGAGUGUCUCAAACUUCUCUUAGUGAUAAAUCUGUCACGUCCAGUUUCGGUAAAGCCGUACCACCCCCGGUGGUGCCCAACUGGCCUACGUCCCCCGAAGCUGAUAUCAUCACCAGUCUGCUGGACGAGGGACCCCCACCUCCUCCCCUGCCACUGGAGGGAGAGACACCGAGCGAACCUGAGGUGUGCGCCCCUCCACCCCCGCCACCUCCGUUGGACUCCUGCGACCUCCUGCCGCCCCCACCGCCACCCCCUGCAGUGGAGACCGACUCUGCUGACGUGAGCAGCAUUCCCCCACCUCCGCCAGCCCCUCCACUGGAGACAGUACCAGAGGAGAACAGUUUGCCUCCUCCAGAAUGUCGUGGUGAUCUUCUGCCUCCUCCAAACAGUGAUGGCCUGCAGCUUCCUGCUCCUCCACCUCUACCUGGAGAGGAAAACGGAGAAGUUCGUCGCUCUCGACGCUCCAGAACUCGUCUGCCCCCCAGCUCGCGCUCUCUCUCUCUGAGGCUCCGCCGGGGUCCCGCAACACGUUGCCUCUACACUCACUCACUCUACCUGCCCUCCACACGCUCACUCAUGAUUCCCCCGCCCCCUCCAUAUCCUCCUCCCAUGGCUCCGCCCGCCUCUCUGAGCCCGCUGUGCCGGAUCCCUGCCCGCCUGCAGCACCUGGACCUGGAGAUUCCUGCCCCUCCGCCACCUGUGCCCAUGGACUGCAUGGACGGCUUCGAUGAUGUUCCUCCUCUGCCUCCGCCGGUGGACUACGAUACCUCCGCACCUGCCGAAUACCUGGAGAAAGUGGUGGCACUGUACAGCUAUGACACAGGCAAGCCAGACGACUUGGCCUUCCAGACUGGUGACAUAAUCUACCUGACUAAGAAGAACGACAAUGGCUGGUAUGAGGGGGUCCUGAAUGGUGUGGAGGGAUUUUUCCCUGGAAACUACGUGCAGACCACCAGCUAAGUGACCACAUCAGCGUCCAUGGCCAUGUGGGACUGCUAGUAGGAUAUUCAGUAAAUAGGGACAGUGCCACAUGCACAAAAACCACAUUUAUAGCGAAUAUUAUUACUUUUCAAGGACAUUUUUAUAGCAGAUGGAUGAUUCAGCAUAUAUAACAUUAUAUAACAGUGCUGGACAACAUUGAUAAUAUUCAAUACCACCAUAUUUUCCAAAUGUAUGACAGUAUUACUACAUUAGUUGAUAUUUAAUUAUGUAUAAAGUAAAUAGGUCCAUGCAUUUGUGUUUCUAAUGCAGUUACAUCAAAAUGACACUGUAUAUUACAUUCUAACCAGCCAGAAAGCACAUUUACUGAAAAGAAACUUACUGUAUCUUUAAUUUAAAUGAUUUAAAUCCGUCCUUUAAUACAAUCUGAAGCACACACUCAAUGGCUUAUGUUAAAGUAAAUCAUCAGCAAACGUCAUGGCAUCAUAUACUCUCAGAAAAAAAGGGUACUAAACUGUCACUGGGGUGGUUCCCUCAAGGGUACAUCUCAGUAUCUUUAGUCAGGGAACAUAACUGAACCAUAAUCCACUGAAAUGAAAUUGUCUGAGCUGUACU